AAGGAAAAGUGCAGCGACCAAGAAGAAAAAACACCAGACAAAGCGGUGAGGAAACGAUGAACACUGAAAAGCCAGUUGUGCUGUGAUUUACGUCUAAAAGAAAGGUGAACUGAAGCUGGAGAGAGAAGCACAAUGUCACGCUCAGAUGAGGUCAACAAGAUGACAGAAAAUGUCUACAAGGGCAUUCUGGACCAGUUUAACCCCAGUCUGAAGAAUUUUGUCACGAUGGGGAAACACUAUGAAAAGGCUCUGACGGGCGUCACAGUCGCAGCUAAAGGAUACUUUGACGCUCUGGUGAAACUAGGAGAGCUGGCCAGUGACAGCCAGGGCUCAAAAGAACUGGGCGACACAUUAUUCCAGAUGGCAGAGGUUCAUCGACAGAUCCAGGUCCAACUAGAGGAUGUGCUGAAGCUGUUUCAUUCAGAGCUGCUGUCUCAACUGGAGCAGAAACUGGAGUUAGACAUCAAAUAUCUCACCUCAACGCUGAAGAAGUACCAGAGUGAGAGGAAGUCAAAGGUGGAGUCCAUUGAGCGCUGCCAAUCACAGCUCAAGAAACUGCGGAGGAAGAGUCAAGCUAGUCGCCAUCCCAACAAGUAUGGAGACAGAGAGAUGCAGUAUGUGGAGCUGAUGAGUCGCCGGCAGGGAGAGUUGGACUCUUUAGUUGCCGUUGGUUAUCGCUCUGCUCUGACAGAAGAAAGGCGGCGCUAUUGUUUUCUGGUGGACCGUCAAUGUUCAGUCACCAAGAUCCUCGUCAACUACCACUGCAAGGUGAGAGAGCUGUUGUCUCAGAAGCUGGCAUCAUGGCAACAGUCAUGUGCCCAGCCAACCAAACUACCAGAACGAGCGCUGAACCUGUUGCGUCACACUGCCCCCCAGAGCUCUGGAGGAGCAGGACUAGCGGAGGUCCUGCGGAACGCCAAACUGGGAAUCUCUCAACCUGGAGAACAAAGGCUGUCUAUUCAGGAAGUCCCACCUCUGUCGAACGGUGACAGCAGCAGCCGUUCUCAGCAACAGCAGCGGUCGUCCCAGUCUGACAUUCUCUCCCAGUCUCUCGUUGGCCUUUCUCCCAGCAACACGUCUCAGCAGAAUGGGAAUGCCCACUCCAGUUCUUCCACUAGCCUUACCCACUCCCAGCCAGCAGUGAGCGUGGCCGGGUUACAGUCUUCUCUCUCGGUUAGCCACACCUCCACAUCCUCCCACGGCUCCCUGCAGGGCCUGACUCCACCCCUAACGGCCCCCCACAGCCCUCCACUCCCCCACAGCGCCCCUAUGUCCCGCGCACUCACACCUAUCCUGUCCACAGCCCAUCACGCAGUGUCCAGCUCUCCCAAUGCUCUUAAUGUGCUGAAGGGUCCAGAGCUCUACGCCACAUCCACACUGCCACUGCCGAGGAGACAGACGAGCGACGCUCGGACGGGAUUCUUGGGCUCCACUCUUCCCCGUGUGCUCCCUCUCUGUGGGCCGUCCCGUGUGGAGGCUCUGUUCCCUCACUCCACAGACUCCUCAGAGGGAGAGAAGGGAGGAGCUUCAUGUCUGCUGUCCUUCCUGGCCGGAGACACUCUUUCCCUGCUGAUCAGUGAACCCAGAGACGGCUGGCACUACGGCCAGAACGAGCGAACUGGACGAAAAGGCUGGUUUCCCGUCUCCUACACACAGACUUAUCCAAACACUCCCGGACAAGACGUCAGCGCUCCUCCCCUGUCGAAGGUGAACAGCACCAGCAUGGGGCAGCUGGACAGGCUUCCUCCCGCUGGCCAGCUACAGCAGGCCUCUCCUGAUUCAGAGGACGAGAGGAGUGUCUUAUCUCAGCGGGUCAGCACCUUCAGACCCCGACCCUACAGCAUGAUGAACCCCGAAACCAGCAGGAUGAGCCCACGGCUGCGCCUGAAGGACAGGAUGUCCAGCGAUUUCACCUCUCCACCUCCAUCACCCACCAGGAUCAAUCCCUUCGCCCAUAUUCGACUCAGGAAGACGGUGACCAAUGAUCGCUCCGCCCCAGUAAUAUAGCAGAGGCUUUGAUUGACAGCCACAGAUGCUGACUGGAAUAAGUUUACUAAUGCUUAAUGC